AUGGUGCCGAACAGUGGUGAUAAAACGGCUGUGUUCCUGCAAAAGGCAUGUUUACAGCAUCGCUUUAUACGCUCUAAGGAUACAUCCUCCAUUGUGGAACGUCCGGAGCGCCUGCGCGCGGUCAAUCUUGGCCUAGCUGCGGCGUUCGCUCGUUUAAACAAUUCCAAUUCUACAUCGGCUCAAACUGCAGUGAAGUCCGAAGGCCUCAGUGGAAGUUCAAGUGUGCAAAAUCCUACCGAGGGUACGGACGAACUUACGGCAGCUUUGGAGCAUCUAAACAUCACCUCUUCCUCGAUUUCGCCCCAGCUGUCGCAAGGACGCGUUGAAUUCGUGCACAGUGAUGCCACUCUCGACCUUUUGAACCAUCCUGCCGUCAAAUUCGUUCACGGUGAUAUAACCGAGGACAUGUAUUUGGGGAGCCUAAAGCGUUGGGCAAGGUAUAGCAAGGACGCAAUAAGUCGCGGAGACAGCGAAAUCCCCUCGCAUUUAUCACAAGGGGACCUAUACUCCGACACUGUCCAUACGGCAGUAUGUCCUGAGUCCAUAGAUGCUAUUCAAGGUGCUUUGGGCACAGUUUGUGAGGCUGUAGACACGGUUCUGAAGUCAACAAGCCGCGGCGUAUCGGAGGCAGGUACGAAAGCCUCUCGCGCCUUCGUUGGGAUUCGACCUCCUGGACAUCACUGUGGAGAGGACAGCCCUGCUGGGUUCUGCUUUGUGAACAAUGUCGGCGUCGCAGCAGCACAUGCGCAUUUACAACAUGGUAUCAAUCGAGUGGUGAUUUUGGACAUUGACUUGCACCACGGGAACGGUACACAGUCCAUAGCCUGGCAAAUCAACGAAGAGACAUACAGGCAGCAUCUCGAGGAGGAAGCAGAUGCACCUGUCGGAAAGCCUGGCUUACAAGUUUACUAUGGUAGUAUACACGACGUGCUAUCCUAUCCAUGUGAGGACGGGAAACCAGAGCUCGUUCAAGCAGCCUCGGUCUCCAUUCAUGGGCCGCACGGACAAUAUAUCGAGAACGUACACCUAACUCCGUACAACUCGGAGAACCAGUUCUGGACCGAGCUGUAUGCAGGCCCCUACUCAAGUUUACUGGGUAAAGCCGGUGAAUUUCUCGAGACGACAGGGGGACCUGGUGACGAUGUCCUGGUAUUCAUCAGCUGUGGCUUCGAUGCGAAUGAACACGAAUACCCAUCAAUGUCACGACAUCAUCGACAUGUGCCUACUACUUUCUAUUAUCGGUUCGCGCAAGACACACGCAAAUUUGCAGAUAGUUUCGCCCAUGGACGAGUGAUUAGCGUUCUGGAAGGUGGAUAUAGCGAUCGAGCUUUGACGAGUGGAGCUAUGGCACACCUUACCGGAUUGGCUUGCUCCAAUGAUGCGGUCGUGGACGAAUCAUGGUGGAAUUUGAAUAACCUGGUCGAAUUGGAGAAGGCUGCGAAAAAGCGCCGUGGCGGUAGGACUUCGCAGCCUACUGCACCUGCACUGUGGAUAGAACAGACCCUCACCGCUUUUGCCUCCAUCGACUCAUCGUACCUUAUACCUUCCACAUCUUCCCGAUCGUUUGUUCCCCCAUCAUCGAGGGUUUUGCGCGGGCGAAAGAGUCCUCCGGUCGGGAGUAACGAUGAAACUGAAUCACCAGUCCAAGCAACAGACAACAAGUCCAUAAAGGAACCACAGGCAGUGUCCGAUCAAUUGAGGCAGAAACGGUCCGGGCUGGAGUCUCCCCCAAGCGACUCUAACCCCGUCACACCUUGUCUACCAUUGUCCGACAUCCCAGAGGAAGGCACGGAGCCAAAAAAACUUCCUCGCGUGAUAUUGCGUCUAGGGCCGCGUCCUGCUAAUCAGUCUGGAGACUAA